AUGACAACCUCAGACGCUAACAUCAUUAUACUACCAGAUGUAAUCAGCAGCUGUUCUCUCGAGCUUGAAUGUAAUCCAUACUAUGAAGUUAUAUCAAAGGAAACUGAUGCUUGGCCUUCUUCGCAUGGUAUUUCUCGCGAUGAGUCGGAGACCAAGUUCAACUUCCUUGAGGCACUCGUCUAUCCAUAUGCUUGUCGAAGUCGACUACGCGAUUUAUGCGAUCUCUGCACAACAGCAUUUAUAUAUGGUUAUAUACUUGAUUCAUCUUCCAAAGACGACAUCAGUGAGCAAGCCAAACAACAAAUGUUCUAUAAUAUAUGGGAUUCUUUUCAACAAGGUGGCUCAUUCAAACCAUUGAUAACAUUUGCUUCAGUUAUUCAUGGUUGGUGGCAGCGAAUACUCGUCAAUGCUAGACCCACAUUUCAACAACGUUUCAAAACUACUUUUCGAGAUGCAAUUGAAGCUUCUUUACGUCAAGAAACUUAUAAGAAUGAUCAUCAGAUAAUACCUGAUCUAAAAACUUACAAUGAACUUCGGGAUGAUUCAAUGUACGAACUCAUAGGAUGUACACUCAUUCAAUAUUCUCUCGGUUUUGACCUACCAGAUGAAUGUUUGGCUAAUGAAACAUUGAAAUGUAUUAUGGAAUGUAUGAUGGAUUCUGGUAGCUGGGCAAAUACUAUUAAAAUCAAAGAUAUUUAUUCAUUCAAUAAUGAAUCAUCUAAGGAUCAAUAUAACUUAAUCUCGGUGCUUAUGAAUGCCAAUCCAUCACCGAGCAUUCAACAAGCAAUGGAUCAAGCCGGUCAAAUGGUUAUUGAUGUUUAUGCUCACUUUGAACGUCUUCGAAGCCAAUUACUUUCAUGGGGAGCAGACAUUGAUGCUCAAAUAGAAAAAAUUUGUGGAUGGCAUGGGCAAAUUAUUACGAGGAAAUCUUCGAUGGAGUUUCGAAACACCAAGAUAUUUUGGAUCUGA